UUCCCGUCCGGGUUUCAUCCCGGUUGCUUCAAAAAACCGAGAAAAGGGAGCUGAAAACCGGGAAACGGGUCCCGAACUCGUUCUGAUCUCUAUUGGUUUUUUAAUUUUUUUGUACUGAAAUGAGUAAAUAUUUUUUCAGAACGCCCCUUUCAAUUUUUUAUUUUUUAAUUAGCCUAUAAAUUAAUUUUUAAAUGUUUAAAGAUUAAGAAUACUAAAAAUAAAUACAUAUUUUUUAUAAAUUAAUAUCAAAAUUGUUGCAAUUAAACUUUGACAGCCCCAAUAAAUUAAAAUUAAAUACACAAUUUAAAUGGCAGAGACUGCUGUUCCUUCCGUCACGAGAACGGAUAUAAAGGUGGAAGGGAAUCAGUCAAAAAAAGUUGGGGGAAAAAUUAAAAAGCAACAAGAAAAUAUUAUUUCUUCUUCUGAAGAUUUUUUAUCUGCUGAUUUGAAAUUAAUUGUCCCAAAUUUAAGCCAAUCUGAUAAUAGCAAUUUUAAUUGUUUGCUCUGUCAAUGCAAAAUGGAAUUGCAUCCUACACUUAUUGAAGAUGAAAAUUUACUUUCUGACACUCAAUUCAGAGAAAGUCGAAUUGGAAGAGUUUUGUUGGAAAAUAGUUUGGAUUCGAAAUGUGCAUCAUCGGUAACCUCAGAACUUCAAAAACAAUUGGAAGGACUUGAACAAGAGUGUAUUCAAUAUAAACAAACACUCGAUAAAUUAACUAAUAAGAAAGCAAAUUCUCUUUUCGAUCAAAAUGCUGCUACGAGAAAAUUGGAAGCUUUAAAGACAGAAGAACGCGAUCUACUUGAUCAAUUAAAUUUUUUGGAAGAAGAAGAACGUGUUUUGAGCAAUGAACUUAAUUCAAAAAUUGAAGAAAGAAGAAAAAUUAAUGAACGCGACGAAGAGUUAUAUAGACAACUAAGGAAUAAUCACAGAACAUUAAUUGAGCAAACAGAUGAACAGAGAGCUUUGAAAUUACAAAUUAAAAAUUCUGAAGAGCAACUUAAACGUCUUUGUCAAACAAAUAUUUUGGAUUUGUGCUUCCACAUUUGGGUGGAUGGGGAAUUUGGAACAAUAUCCGGUUUUCGUUUGGGUCGUCUUCGACAAGAACAAGUUGAAUGGAAUGAAAUAAAUGCUGCACUAGGUCAAAUGGCUUUUCUAUUAAAAGUAAUUGCUGAACGUUUGGGUAUCGAAUUUGUUGGUUAUGAACUUGUCCCUUUUGGCAGUUGUUCUUUUAUUCGUUCACUUCAAAAACAAAAUUCUGAUAAAAUUGAAGAACUUCCUCUUUAUGGCAGUGGAGGUUGGCGUCCAUUUGGUCAACCAGCGCUUGAUAAAGCCCUGAUAGCUUUUAUGGAUUGCUUUAUUCAGGUUUACAAUUAUUUAUACGUGUUUAAUAAUUUUGGCAAGGGUGUAGCCAAGGGGGUCGAUUUCGGUUUUGGCGUUUACCUUGGUGUUUUGGGCGUAAAAAAAAGUGAAGCCCUCCCCUAUUUCGGGGGGGGGGCUCCCCUGGCUACGCCCUUGAAUUUUGGUCUCUAUAAAUGCAAUAAAUAA